GGCGGAGCACGCCAGCCCGGAAGAGACACCGCGUCGCGCAUGCCCUUUCCUUUCCAGCCCCGGGCCUGGACGUAGCAGCUGCCGAGAUGUUGAUGCCCAAGAAGAACCGAAUUGCCAUUUAUGAACUCCUUUUCAAGGAGGGCGUGAUGGUGGCCAAGAAGGACGUCCACAUGCCGAAACACCCCGAGCUGGCCGACAAGAAUGUCCCCAAUCUGCACGUCAUGAAAGCCAUGCAGUCUCUCAAAUCACGAGGCUACGUCAAGGAACAAUUUGCCUGGAGACACUUCUAUUGGUACCUAACCAACGAGGGUAUCCAGUAUCUCCGUGAUUACCUCCACCUGCCCCCUGAGAUCGUGCCCGCCACCCUGCGCCGCAGCCGUCCUGAGACUGGCAGGCCGAGGCCCAAAGGUCUGGAGGGAGAGCGACCUGCGAGGCUCACGAGAGGGGAAGCCGACAGAGACACCUACAGACGAAGCGCUGUGCCCCCUGGUGCCGACAAGAAAGCUGAGGCCGGGGCUGGGUCAGCCACUGAAUUCCAGUUUAGAGGAGGAUUUGGUCGCGGACGUGGUCAGCCACCUCAGUAAAGUUGGGAGAUUGUUUUGUGUUGAAUAAAUCUGUAGCCGGAAAACA